AUGGCCUUGGGUCGUCCCUUACAGGUCAGCUUAGUUGGAGGAAGCUUAGCUUCUUUGGCCUUUAGAGCUGCGGAGGAACUGCUGGGGCCACAGUCGGAGCUCCCUUCUUUCGUUGCGGGCUGUCCGCUUUGCCCUCUUGAGCCGGAGCAGCUCCACGUGCCAAGCUUUUUCUGGGGGAUCCUGGCUGUCUUCUUCAAGGAUUGCCCGCCCACUUUUCUGAAUCCUUUCAUGAGCCUGGCAGGUCUCGAGCAGCAAGUGUGGAGGGCUCGUGCUAGCUCCAUUUCGGACGAGGAGCGUGGUGUUAUUGCUCGCGAAGUGGGCCGCUUCUUUGCUCGGGCCUUGGCUGGCACCCACCGUGGUCAGAGCGGGACUGUUUGCGAGGACCGUGGCCAGCUGCGUGUGAUGUCGGACGCCGAGGAAGGAGACGGCAGCGAGAGCGAGGAGAGUGAGUCUGCUAAGAGGACCGUUGCUGCCAUUUUCAUUUCUGAGCAUGAGGGAAAGAUUGUCACGGUCAUGGCCGCUUCUGCCGCCGACCGUUCUAAGCCAGCCGAGUUUUCUUUGAAGAUUUGGGUUUCCGAUUCUCAGUUUGGCUUUGCCACGGCCCCGUCGGGCCGGGAUGUUCACGAGGCUAGGUUUGCCGCCAUUGAGGUGCGACAGCCAAGUGCCAAGCAGCCAGCCAAGAAGCCGAAGAAUUCCGAGCUGGGAGCCGUGCCGGGUACUCCUUUGCCUCCCGGUCGAGCGGAAGAUGAGCCUGUGCCUGGCGUCGGUGCCUUGUCUGCUGCUGCCUCUUCCCUUGGCGAAGCUGAUGCCGAGGUCGAGGCCCAACUAGGUGCAAGUCCCAUUGAGACGGCCGUCCUGAGUCUGACUAAGAUUGUUGGGAGCUGGCUGUGCAUGCCUCGCCUCUCGACCGUGCUCUGGAUAGAGCCGAGGGGCUGCUUCCCUCAAGUGAUCCUUCGGGAGACCUUGUCCUCGGACCCUUCCCAGAUCUUCACCAGCAUCGAGAACCAGCUCGAGGAGGACCUGCUAUCACGGAGGGUCGGCUCAGCUUUGCAAGACUCUAGGGCAACAAGCAGAGCAUGGCUUGAGUACCGAUCUCAUAUCGGAAACUUCCCGACGACCGUGCGCAUGGCCUGGAGUGUAUGCGGCAUAUGGGAUGCGCUGAGGGCUGGCCGUCAUGACGAGGCUCGCGCGCGCUGCGCUUUGUGCAUAGCUGCCUGCGACCAACAGGCCUUUGACAAUGGUCAGUGGACUCUCGCGGAGCAGUUCCUGCUCGAACAACCUCCGCCGCUAUCCGCCUUUGCGGGUAAGCGGAACGCCUCUUCUGAUGCCACCGAUACUUACCACACUAGGCUUGUUGAGCCAAGGUGGGCAGAGCUGUGCCUGCACAAGGUCCGUGAGCUCGAGCAGCACUUGGAGGCGAAGAAGAAGUUGGGAGGAAAGGGACGCGGCCGCGGAGACGGGGAUGCCGACGGCCGUCAGGACAAAGGUGAUAAAGCCGACAAGGGUGCACCCAAGGGAGGCAGAAAGGUGACAGGUCAGGCCCCUCCGGGGGUCCUCGACCUGCUCACGCCACGUGUUUCAAGCUCGCCUGGCCCUUUUGGUUCGGCCUUCUUCCGGGGCACUCUCUCGGAGUGUUCUCCUUUUGGCAACCGUGCUGCCUUGGAGCUGAUCGCUUUGGUGUUUGACUCCCUCGCAGCCGAGCCGCUUCACCGCGUUGCUCGUGGCCCCGGCGCUUCCUUUAAAAGUCGACGGUGGCAGGAGCCCUUUUCUUCUUCGGUGCAUCGCGCCUGGGAUCGUCUUGCUAAUGCUGUGUCGUUGUGGGACUCUGCCCUUCCCGUGGAUGCUGCCGCAAUGGGCAGGACUGCUGGAAAAGUGGAGCGCGUCGAAGAGCAGGUCAGAGCUCUGGCCGUCCUGAGCCCAGAUGCUGCUCCCGGCCACUUUACUGACUUCAACUUAGCAAAAGACAUUGAGGUUGGCCGGCUGAGCCUCCCCAGCGAGCCUCCGGCUUUUGACCCGUCUCCUUUUCUGGAUGGGCCCAUGCGUUCUCUUUACCUUACUCCGAGCGCGCAUGCUUGGCCGGUCGAGGAAGCAGACCGUUUUGAUCAUAGGACAGCCUGUGGCGUCUUCGCUCUCCCCAAGAGCAUCGAUGCUGAUCGACUUAUCGUCGAUGCUCGCCCUUCCAACCUUUGCAUGCCGACCGACGUCAGGUGGCUCUCCACGAUGGGCUCCGCAUCGGCCCUUCUUGGGCUAGAGCUGGCGCCUCACCAGCAGCUCUACCUUUCAGGCGAUGACAUAAAGGAUUUUUACCACCAGUUUAGGGUCACGACCGACCGGACAGCCCAAUACCGCAUUGUUGGCUCUUUCAAGCCCCGCGACCUUUCACCUCUUUCCUGCUUCGAGCCGGGCCUUUGGAAGUCCCGUCGCGUCGUUGCUGCGUUGUGUUGCAUGGCCAUGGGGGACUGCAAUGCUGUGUCGGUUGCCCAGUCUGCCCAUGUUAUUGGACUGAUCCUUCAAGCUCAGGUGGUAGGGUGGGACGAGCUUCUUGUGCACAAGGGGCCCGUGCCCCGGAGUCCUGCCAUGUUGGGGCUCGUCAUAGACGAUGUGAUCGUCAUCGAGAGAGCGUUGCGGAGACCCCACUUUGAGGUUUCGUCUUCGCGCAGCCAGCGGAUUGUGGACGGCCUCCACCGAGCCUACGCUGCUGCGCCUCUGCCUAGGCAUGAGAAGAAAGCUUUCUUCGCCUCUGACUCUGCUACCUUUUGGGGCGCCGACGUCCCGUCCUGGGUGAGCUCGGUCUUGUGCGUCCCGCCUGGAGCCGGUUGCUCCUGGGUCGCCGCCCUCUCUUUCCGGCGCCGCUGUCUCUGCCUGCUUGACCAGGUCUACGUCUUGCAAAAAGGUCGCGAGCGGCACGAGUUGGUGCGAGUCCCGCCGUCUUUGCGUGCUGAGCUCUUCAAGCUUUGUGUUCUCGCGCCGCUCUUAGCCACGGACCUCCGCGCUCAGAGCUGUGGGCUUGUGGUGGCUUCGGACGCCUCCUCCUCGCUGGGUGCUGUUGUCACGGCUCGCGUUUCCCCAGACCUUGUUCGCGAACUGCUGAGGCAUACUCCGACAAAGGGUCUUUGGAACAAACUGCUUUCGCCUGUCAACGCGCUUUUGCGCGAGCACCAGCAGUUGGAGGUCGAGUGCGAAUUGCCUGGGGGAAUUUUUCGCACCCAUCCGCUUUGGACCCUGGUCGCACGAACACUGCACUUCAGGCUCCACUCAGUUUUCCGACGGAGGCGCAGAGAUCACAUAAACAUCAAAGAGAUGGAUGCGUAUCUCUCCACCGAAGAGUCUUUGUCCCCAUUUGGUUGGGAAUCGGCUAGAACGCUCUCUCUGUUGGAUUCCCAAGUGGUUCUCGGCGCCUUGCUGAAAGCCGAUCGAGCCCUUGACUCUUUUCUGCUCAGUGCUGAAAGGCAUCCUCUACAGAUGCUAGGCUUUGAUCUUCUUCACAAGUCCUUUGCCCAGUGCCCUGGCACCCCUGGUUUUUACGGUGCGGCAGAGCCUCCGCCUUCUGCCUGCGUGCCCGCGUCGGACCAGAGUCCCGAGGCAGUUCCUUUGGCCUCUCGGCAGGCUGCCUCCCCUGUCGGGGCCGUUGUGGGCUGUGGUUUUCCCUGGGCCAUCACCUUCGACUGGUUGCACGGCGAGUCCCAGGAUCUGUUGCGGCCUGCCCUUCAGAGCCAGAUCCUCGCCGCUGUCGAGUCGCGUGUGUUCUCAGCUGUCGGCCUUUCGCCUUCCUGCCCUACCUUCAGUGCUGCUUCCUACCGGUCUUCAGAGUUCCCUCUAGACCUCCCUGGACUUUCGGCCUCGGCCUCUGCCCGUGCUCCAGGGCAACAAGCACGUCGUUUUCGUCGUUGUGUCGUCCGGUUAAAGCCCUGCUUGAAGACUGGCCGUCGCUUGGCAACUGGGUCUACGACCGCUGCGCCUACGGUAGACCUUGGCAAAGAGGACCCGGAUCCUCACAAACACCGCCCUGGCUGGAAGCAGCAAGCUAAGCACAAGGUUCUGCGUGGCAGGGCCUCUGGCACUGCAGAGAACUGGACAAAGUUGGCCGAGCAUCCGCCGCAGCAAGCUACCUUGCCAUGGCCCUUGCGGACGCUGCUGUCUCUGCCGGCUUGA